UAUAAAAUGGAUUACAAAUUUAUACACCAAACAUAAUACAUAUAUGUUAUAUAUUGAAAAGUCUAUGCUGGUGGGAAUACUGGCCUACAACACAACAUGUUAAAUACAUGAGUGAUGAACAGUACUACAUAGCGUACUUAACGUGUUGCAAACAAAAAACGAUUAGCUAACAUAUUGUGCAGUUUCUGUGAUAAGGUGCACUGUAACCAGAGUCUGAUGCAAUCGGUGCAGCUGGAAUCUGAAUGAAUUAUUUUCCUGCACUGCCAAUGUGUUGCCGGGCUUGUCCUUGCUCAACAGUUCAAGUUUAACACUUCAACAUCUCACGCUUUGCAUAAUUUGUGUGUUUUUGGAAUCAGUUCAGUCCCUCCAGGAUCUCAGUCAGACAGCUGCAGGUUUCUGUUGCUAGGCCUGUCCUAGCGCUACCUGACCUGUUGCAGUUUGGUGGAAACCCAUUCUGUUGUCUGCAGAUUUCUGUGCUGAAAACGGACUCCCAUCAUCUGUAGAUCUCUCAUGUAAUGUCUGUCUGUAACAACUGUUCAAAGUGUGGUGGAAACUGAUGCUGUCAGCCCCAUUUAUUACACAGAUUAAAAUAACUGAUAUGCUCUUUUUAACACAGUAAUGGGAAGUACAGGCGGGUUUUUCCUCGUGUGAUACCAUAUCUACAAAGACCAUAUAUCAGUGAGACGCUUUAUUUAUAAUCAAUGUAAAUGAGAUGCUGUGAUUGUGGCACAGUAUGCUGUGUAUUAAAAUAUAGUUUCUAAGCCUGUAAGGACAUACAGGGAAGGCUUUCCCCUGAUGUGUCAUACCAUAUCCACAGUAAGGUUGUUUUCUGUAUGUAAAUGAGAUGCUGUGGUUGUGGCCCACAGUAAGGCACACGCUGUAAGUGAAACAGACUGUCAUGGUCUCACACUUGUUUUUACUACAUGGUGAAGCAGCAGGUCAUUCCGUGCAGUCCACACCCUCCUGUGUGAGUGUCCAACACUUACUGACCACACCAUGGACAGCAUUACCAGCUGGUGAUGACCCCUGGUCACUUCAGUUGUGUUGUUUUUCAAGUCCACUGCAGUCUCUAUCUCAGGAGAUGUAAUUUAUUGAGGUUAACCAGUUUUAAUAUUCAUGCAAGUAGAGACUCUUGAGAAAUGAGAUAUUUACAGAUUUUGGUGACUAAUGAAGCCAUAUUGAGUUAAGUUUAUCUCUGUGAGCUCCAUCAGGUCUCUUGUUUUUCAUUGUGUUUAUAAUAACCUGUGACGUGGACGAGAGUAAAAUAUUCGCUUUCUUAUAUUGAUUGGGUGAUGUGACCGUGGAUGGUGCGGCUUGAUUUCAUUACCUUGUUUUAUUUGAUGGAAUAUGUAGUGAACACAGAGAUUUUACCUACAAUAAUUAUCUGCGUAUUGAUGUGAUCUGGCCAAUUACAGUUCCAUUACAUUGCCUGGCAUCAUUUGAUGGAAUAAAACUGGUGUUACAAUGAAUUCUGUGUGUUGAUGUGAUAACACCAUGGCAAUUGCCUAGUCGGCUGAUGGAAUAUGUAGUGAACACCCAUCUACUUCUUACACUGGUUGUGUGCAUCUAUCUGGACACAGGACAUAGGUGAUGGAAGCUGAGGCAGUGAGUGAGGUGGUCAUGAGGAGGAAACCCUCCAGCUCUCAGGACCACGAUCUGAAGCAGAAGAUCGACCACGAGAUGAAGAUGCGCGAGGGGACGGCCAAGCUGCUGGCCGCGUCCAGACACCCGCCCCAGCUGCUGGAGGCCGCCAAGAACCUGCUGACGUCGAACACGCGCAUCUACGCAUACAUGCAAGAGCUGCAGAAGAGGAAGACCGAUGAAGUGAUGGGCAAAAACCAGUCACUAGAAGGAAAUCAGCUGCCAUGUUCCGCGCGUGUCAGUGUGUCAGAUCUGCGGAUUCCUUUGAUGUGGAAGGACAGUGAUCAUUUCAAGAAUAAAGGAGAUUACAGGAGGUACGCUGUGUUUUGUUUGCUGAAAAUUGGAACAGAAAUAUUUGAUACGUCAAUGAUCAGCAACGUGGACAGAAGCAUGACAGACAUUACCUUUGAUGAUGUUAUUGUCUUCAAUAAUAUUGGUCAUGACUUUGAAUGCAAAGUUGAAAUCUAUUGCCACAAGUUACAUGAAGAUCUCUCUAUUGCCAACACACCAAAGAAACUGCGUAAAAAAAUUAACGAUUUAUCAGGCUCAGUUGGGAGAAGUGUCGGGAAGAGACUGUCUGGUUUGAAUGAUGCGGACAUCAUUGGAAAUAUGGUUCUAGGUCCAAAGUUUGACCUUGUUGCCAGAGGUUCCCUUCAGCUGUCAGACGUCGACGAGUCAGUGAGAACGUUUGACGUGGAGCUGGAGAAGAAUGCAGAUGGUGUGGUUCAUGAGUUGCCUCUGUUUGGCCACUACUGCUGUCGGCUGGCAGCAGUUCCUCAGUGCCUUGUUGAAACUGCAGUUACUGGAUACCUCAAUAUUCAGGAAGAUGAUGAUCUCUCCAAGUGGAAGCGGUACUGGUGUGUUCUCAAGAACCUCCAUCUUGCAUGCUGGUCGUCACCCAGCGAUGUCGAAGUCGCCGCACCGCUCUUAACCGUGUCAAUCACCAAGAACACCCAGAUCAGCGACGCGGACCCGGCCACGUGUAACCGGUCUCACACAUUCCACAUCAAGACGGUGUCCCUGACAGGCGUGCUGGAACACACACUGGCCGCAGACAGCCACGAAGACUUCAACCGCUGGUGGGACGGCUUCCAGCAGCACCUCCUCGACCAAGCACUCUGGAAACAUGUCUGUGAUUUUAUAAUGGAUGUUCCACAAACGUCUUUAAGAAAGAACCCAGCCAUCCUAAGAAAGAGCUCAUUAUAUGAUGACACCCCCUUAAUAGAUCGUAACUCUGUCAGCGACCCGGUGAUCACUGAUCUCAAAGAUGACCAGCUCACACAGAUGCUGCACACGCUGAUGGGGGAGGCCAAUCAGAUUCGAGAGGGGACCACGAGACACCACUCCACCAGUUAGUGUGUACACACACACACACACACCACUCCACCAGUUAGUGUGUACAGACACCACUCCACUGUACACCAGUUAGUGUGUACACACACACCACUCCACAAGUGUGUACACACACACACCACUCCACCAGUUAGUGUGUACACACACACACACACACACACACCACUCCACCAGUUAGUGUACACACACACACACCACUCCACCAGUUAGUGUACACACACAUACACACCACUCCACCAGUUAGUGUACACACACACAUACACACAAAGACUGUUGGCACACAAUGACUGUGUUCCAAGGAGGAGAAGCUAAAGAAAUACAAGGUCUGGCAAUACGCAAUGUUUAAAGAUGGUGGAAUGUGUUUAAAAGUAACAUGAUUGGUAAAUAUAUUCUUCGAAGAUGACGGUGGAAAUAAAGAAAUAAUAUGACUGGGAAGUUUUGCUUAUUUCAACAAGAAAAAUGUGAAACUUUAGAAAAUGUGGUGUUCCAUGUUGAAGGUGGAAAUACGUAUAUGUGUAGAAAUGGAGAAAAUACGUAUAUGUGUAGAAAUGGUGAAAAUACGUAUAUGUGUAGAAAUGGUGAAAAUCAGAAGAGAAUUGUAUUUAAAGAUGAAGAGGAAAAUAACUAACAGGAAAUAUAUACAACUAACAGGGAAUAUAUACAGGGAAUUCCCUGUUAGUUAUAUUUAUAACUAACAGGGAAUAUUGAGUCUACAGAGGAUAGAUCAAGAUGGAAUCAGUUUUGCCAGGAUCUGUGUGUUUGUGUUCUAAUGUGUGUAAUGAAUGGAACAAUGGCUUGAUUGCUGACCGUCAGUCGGAGAUGAGAAAUGUUUGUAAUUGCCAAUAUUAGUGCCAACUGUUCCCUUGUCUUCUCACGAUGAACAGCUUAUAAUAACACUGAUACUUUCUAAACCUGUAUUCUGGAUUUUGUAUUUUUCCCACUAUUUUUCUUCUCGAA